AUAACUUCUUUCUUUUUCCUAACGUUAAAAAAAAAAAAUAACCUUACAAAAAAUGAAUAAUCAAAUAACUGCUUUGAAUGAACAUGCUCCUGCUCAAAUGGUUGGAGGUAUGCGUGUAAAACAAGCCAAUCAUCGACGUACCUCAUUAUCUGAAGCCAAGAAAGCAGCAUCUGCAGAAGAAGAUAUAGAAUCAUCUGAAGAAGAUCAACAACAAAUGGAAGAAAUGGAAAAAAGAAAACAAGAACAAAUAAGACAAGAAAAUGCCAUGCGUAGUCAUCAAGCUUCUCGUGAUAUGAAUAUUUCUCGAAAUGCUGGAUCCCAUGUGAAAGCAAGAAUUGAUCCUUCUUUCCAACCUAGAGAUUUAAAUCAUUAAUUAGUUAGUUAGUUAGUGGAUGAUUUGGAUUUGAUGAAACAUUGGAUAAACAGGCGUGUGAAUUUGUAUUGUAUGUAAUUUCCAUCCAUCACUUUUUAUCAAUAGCAAGAGUAAAAAUGUAAAUAAAUAAAUAAAAAAAAAAGGUCUUUUUUUUUCUUUU